CUAUAUAGUCUGUGAAAAAAAAACUAUUCAAAAGUUCAAAACCUUCAAAAUAAUGAUAGAAAUAUUUUAAAAUGGUUUGAAAAAUUGCUUAUCUUUAAAUUACUCAUGGAAGUCAUGGAUAUCUUAUAAGCUUGUAAGACUGAGUGUAAGGAGAGUAUAUAACAGGAUUUUAAUUUUAUUCUUAUUCAUAAUUACGAUAACGCGCUUUAAAAUUAAUAAAUAAUAAAUAUUUCGAUAUUUAUCUCGAGUUUUUAGUUAUUACCUUAUUUUUAAUAAUCUAAUUACUUUAUAAAAUAUGUGCAAUGACUGACAACAGAGUACCAUUUAAUCCUAGAAAAUAUUUAAACAAAGAUCUCAUUAAUAAAUCGCCACCUUUAGAUGUUUGGAUACAAGGUACAGUCGAACAAACUGUUGGAAAUGAUAUUUUGAUUAUUUCCGAUUGUUCUGGAAGAGUAAAAGUUGUGAAAUGUAAAUCAGCAGAUGGAUUGAUUAAUAAAUCUCCUCUACAAAAAGGAACUUACUGCUGCAUAUUAGGCGUGGCAAAGAAAACUACAGGAUUACCAGAAAUUGAAGCUAUUAAAUGUAUUGAUUUAACUUCACAGCCUCAUAUGAGAACUGCCUGGGAAGCAGAUGUGAGGGAAGCAGAAUUAGUGUUGGAAGGAAAAUUUGUAUUUAAAAUAUAAACACAAUAUAUAGGAA